UGUAAAUGCCAGAUGUCAAAUUUUUACUUCUGUCACUGUCAAAAAAUAUAAAGGUUUCAUUUACGUAACUAUUCAUUAUAUCACAUUUAGUUUAUAGAUUGGUGGUUGAAUAGUUAUUUAAAUCACUUUUUAAUAUACCUAUAAAAUGGCCUUUGGUGACUAUCCGAUCGAUUACAAUCCAAAAGCACACGGGCCUUAUGAUCCUGCACGUUUUUAUGGUAAGCCCGAUACCCCUUUUGGACAAGUAAAAGUUGGUGAAAUUGGAUCAUGGUUAGCUCGCCGCAAUAAAUCCCCACAAGCUAUGAUGGGUGCCGUCAGCAGGGCUUAUUGGAGAUGGCAACACAAGUACGUUCAACCCAAGAAAGCUGGAAUCGCUCCUUUCUUGCAUGUAGUAUUUGGAUCCAUGGCUUUCUUCUAUAUGAUAAAUUACUCCAAGCUCACCCACCACAGAAAUUACAAAUACCACUAA